CUUCGUGUCGCUUGGUGGCACAGCAACAACGCAGUUCACGGUGCGACUGGCAAAGAUAUCACGCGCUAACGUGCACAUGUUCCCGUCAAAAAAUUUCUGCUUAGUUUCAAACUUUGUUCUGUGAAUUGUUUACCGGACAGUCCCGCCGAGAUUCAUCGUCAGCGUAUAUCAUACAUGGAUUUUAUUAUCUUAAAGGUUAAUGGUACGGAUGUAAGUAGUUUUCCUCACGAAGAUGCUGUCAGGGCAUUCCUGACAGCACACGAGCCGAUUGUGGUUGAAGUGAAGCGCAGGAUUUCUGAUUCUCCGUCUCCUAAUAGAAGUGCGAAAUAUGUAUCAAGCUCCUGUCAAACCGAUAUCUGCGGCGUCCAGUGGAUAGAAGAAAAUUCUUUAGAUUGCUUGCCUCACGAUAUCGACUUAGAGGAAGUAACUUUAAGAAAAUGUAGUAGCGACGAAAAGCUGGGACUUACCGUUUGUUACAGUUCCGGAUCUGAAGUGGACACUUGUACAGAAGUGUACAUUCGAGAUAUCGCUCCACAAAGCGUGGCUGACAGAGAUGGAAGACUUAGGCAGGGUGACCAAAUCUUACAGGUUAACGGAAAGGAUGUCGCUAAUAAAGAGGAAACCGAAUCUCUGUUCGCCGAAAAUAGAAAAGCUGUAACUUUACUAGUCAGCAGAUGUUACAAUAGGAGCGAAGAAUACUUGGAUACGGAACCUGUAGAUGCGAUAUCGCCUAACGGGCGUCACGCAGCUUAUCAAAACAGUAUCAUUGAGCAAUUAGUGCAGCAGCAAUCCGAACAUUCCUCGAAAAAUGACGCGGUGCCAAAAAUACCGAACCAUUUGGUUCCCGACAAACUCAACCUGACAAAUUCAUUAGUCAGGUCGAAAAUCGACUCGAUCAACCAGGAAAUUUCCCAGCUAGAUUACCGUAUGCAAAAUAUCCACUUGGUGAAGUCCGAUAAGAGAAAACCACCCCAAUUUCCACAUAUUCCAGCGCCGCCUGAGUCAGAUACGGAACAUAUAUACGAAACUAUACCCGAAGAUUCUUUGAUCGACGGUGAAAUAGAACCGAUAUAUUCAUGUCCCUACGAACCGAGUGAGGAGAACAUGAUAGAGCAAUGGCUCAAAGUGCACCAAGAGGACGUGUGGGUAGCCGCCACUCAAAAAGAGUCCCUCAACGAAGAGGAGGAAAUAAUAAGAGACGGUAAAGAAUCGAAAAAGUCUAAAUCCAAAGGAGCUAAGAGUAACAGCAGCGGCGAAGAGCAUGAGAAUAGUUCUAGUGCGUAUAACACCGGUGGUUCUUCCAAUAGUAAUCCUCUUACUUUUGAAUUAGCUGCUACUCAGGAUGCUAAACAGAAAAACGUCUAUAGAUCGACGUUGAUUCUUUGUCCUUUGGAAGAAAAGGAUGAUCUCGCUAAAGAGAAGGAAACGAAAACCACUUGCGAGUCAUGUAAAAGGCAAGCUUCCAAAACAAAAAAAUCGAAAUCAAGCGUUAAAAUUACAAGCCCAUCCUCGCCUACAGUACAUAAACCUGGGCUGAGUCCCGCCCACAUUUUGUCCGACACUAUGUACACGAAUGUGGCGAAUCUUCAGCAAACUAUGCUGCUACAGCAACAGCUGUUUAGACAGGCGUUGGUUCAUCAAAAUCCGGAAUUUUCCACCAAACCGACUACUAGUUUCACGGCGCCGAGUUUGACUCAGUAUCAGUUUGUGACCGGAUCACACGUGGUGAGCGAGAGUGCGAUGGUGGAAUCUAAAAUGGAAUGGAAAGUGAAGAGAAGACCCGACGGUACAAGAUAUAUAGCGAGGAGGCCCGUGAGGAAUAGGAUUUUGAAAAACAGGGAGAUUAAAUUGUCAGAAGAAAGAGCCGGACUUACAACCGAAGAUGACACCAUUUCGGAACUAAAAAUCGGAAGAUACUGGACCAAAGAAGAGCGAAAGAAACAUCUGGAGAAAUCUCGCGAGAGGAAACAACGACAGGAAAUCCUGCUAGCGUCGCGCAACAUUGAAGAAGUAACCGAAGACACCAUGAAACAUUUGGACAAAACAUCAUCGAGGAAAACGGCAAACAACAUAGACAACACCGUUAAAAAACACAAAACCAAGGGUAGGACGCAUAAAGAGGGUUACGAUAACUUUUCUACGGUUCAAGAGGUAAUCGUUCACGGUCCGAAGGUGCCGAAUUCCAAUAGCAAAAUGAUGGGCCUUCUGUCCGUGACGACCGUUUAAUUUAGGGGCGUGGCGUGGGUGUACGAUAGGCUUGGAAGCUUUUCGCUUAAAAAUACCUACACUUGGCUUGGUUUUAAGUUCUCUUCGGAAUCUGUGUAACGGCCGUUUCGUUUUAUGUAAGUUUAUUUUUUAUUUAUUGCGUUUCAGUUGAGCAACUUACGCGAAAAUGGGAUAUGCCUGUAGAUUGCGAACGCCACGGUACUAGGGUCAACCUGAGCAAAAGUCUCCACUUAUCUCUGUCAUAUUCCUAAACAUUUUUCGCCUUUUUUUAGCACUUAAAGAAGUGUUAAUUAUUCUGUUAUUGAUUGUUCCCUUUUUUCUGAUUUGGGGUAAGAUUGAACGAAACUUUAGUUAGUGCCAGCGUAUUUUUUCUUAAAAUAUAUACAUCUUGUCCGUAACUAUAAUAAUAUAAUUUAUUCAAUAUUUUCAACGUCCUGUGUCUAACAGGCUAUUGAAAAUAAUUUUUAAAAACGGUUUUUCCCCAUUUUCAUUAAAACUGCUUUUCAUGUUUUGUGGAUUUUUGAGCGUUUCCAGUCAAUGACGUGAAACUUGUAAUUUACAUGUAAAACGCCUUCAAAAUUGUUUUUCAUUGCUACGUAAUAAAUAUAUAGAGUGACCCAGCUUUAAACCGUCAAAAGAUCGUUUUUUAGGUAAAACUGAUCUUCGAGAUACAGAAAGUCAAAGAUUUUAUAAAAAAUCAUUUUUUUUUAGUAAUUAUUCUGUAUUUCUGAUUUUAAAAUAAAUAAGAACUAAAAGUUUACAUUUUCACGAAAGUAUAUAUUUUCACAUGACAAUUGCUUCGACAACACCGUGUCUUCAUCAAAUGUAAUAUUUGCAAAAAAAACGUUAAUUAAUGUUGUUGUGACAAUUUAUGUUCAAUAAA